AUGGGACCACAAGCAUUGCAAUUGUGUGAGAAACUUCGAAAUACUGGCAUAAUUAAGGAUUCUCGAAAUGCUACAAUUGAAGAGCAAGUGGCAAAAUUUCUUCACGUAUUAGGACAUAAUGUAAGAAAUAGAACAAUGGCUUUUUUCUUUAGCCGAUCUAGGGAGACUAUUAGUCGUCAUUUUCAUGUAUUACAAGCUAUUAUUUCUCUUGAGGCUGAAUAUCUUGUGCAACCCUCUGGGUCAACAAUUCCUCCUGAAAUUCUGACUAAUGAAAGAUUUUACCCGUAUUUUAAGGAUUGCAUUGGAGCUAUAGAUGAAACUCAUGUUCGAGCAAAAGUACCUAGAGAAGAAGCUGGUCGAUUUCAAGGAUGUAAAGAUUACCCUACUCAAAAUGUAUUUGCUGCAUGUUCAUUUGAUAUGAAAUUUACUUACGUAUUGGCUAGAUGGGAAGGAACAAUCUCAUAUUCAAGAAUCUUAAAAAAUGCUUUAUCAAGAGAGGAUAAACUUAUAAUUCCCCCAGGGAAAUUUUAUCUUGGGGAUGUUGGCUUCCCACUUAAGCAUGGUCUAAUAAUACCUUACAGAGGAGUACGAUAUUAUUUGAAGGAAUAUUCAGCAAGAUCACCACAAACUGUAAGAGAAAUUUUCAACCAUAGACAUGCAUCAUUAAGAAAUGUUAUUGAAAGAACAUUUGGUGUUUUGAAAAAAAAAUUUCCUAUAAUUGGUAGUGGCACCGAGCCACAUUAUGCUUUUGAGACUAUGGUUGACAUUGUGAUAGCUUGUUGCAUAUUACACAAUUAUUUGAUGGGUGUUGACCCUGAUGAGAAUCUAAUAGCUCAAGUUGAUCAUGAACUAUCACGCAACCAUGACAUGGAUGAUCAAGUUGCAUCCAAUCAAGAGGAUGAUUAUAGACAAGGAUCAAAUUUAAGAGAUAAUAUAGCAGCUCAUAUGUGGCAUGACUAUUUAACCCAUAUGAAUCAUGAAUUGUGA